AUGCAAUAUCUAAACAAUUAUGAACAUCAAGAGUAUUUCGUCAUCGGAGUUGAACCGAAAGGCCUUCUUGCCUAUGGAUUUUCUAAUGCCUUUGUCUGCAUAUUCGAUUCUCAGAAUGCUUCAACUUUGGAAUCGUGGAAUAGCAGUUUAACAUGGUCGAAUACUUCAUUUACACCUCAUGCCGUUGAAAUCAGUGACAACUUCGGCAUCAUUGCCGGCUUCAUUAAAAAUAAUCAAAACGAUACAGUCAAAUAUAGUCCGAUCAUUUAUUUACUUAAUUUUAAUUCCUCAAAUCGCCAUCCAAUUGUUGUUGAUCAACAUAUACCAUUAGCUACUGCAAAUACAUGGCAAGAUUUACUAACCAAUGCUGAUGCAGAUAUCUAUUCGGCAAAAUAUAGUAUGUCAAUUAGUAUCAAUAGUCGUGGUGAUGUUUUAGUUGGCAUGCAAUUCCUCAAUCGAGUAUUCUUACUUUCGGUAAACAUUAGCAAUCCGAUACAAUUAAUUAAUGUCAGCAGACAUACGAACGGUCGAUCGUUAGGAAAUGGACGAAGUGUAGCCUGGCUAGAUGGUGGAAACGUGGCUGCUAUACUUGUUAAUACUUAUUCAUUGACGUAUCAGUGGUCAUCAUCUCAGAUUCAUUUCUAUGACAUGAUAUCAAGCACUUACAAUUCUAACAGUACUCCGCUCUCAGUUUUCCCUAAUUAUCAUCAGUUAUUGCCGAAAAGUUUUAGUUCCGUAUUUUUAAAUGUCAUUUCAUCACCGAAAUCAAUAACUUUAAUGGAUGAUAUCGGUAGUUUGCUAAUAUUCAACCCCACAUCAGCGGGCUUCUAUCCAUCGAUACCAGAGACAGGAAUAAUACCAUUUAUUACAUCGGAAAAACCAUGUCUGCCGGGUAUGUAUAAAGAUCAAUACGGUAUAAAUGAUUGUAUCCUUUGUCCAAUUGGCAUGAAAAAUCCUGGCAAUGCUACAAUUAAAUGUAUACUAUGUGCAUCUGAAUCAUUUUGUUCUGUUGGUUCAGUGGAUGAAAUAUCUCAUUCUGCAUUGGAAACUGUCGUACAAGUUAUUGCCUAUCCGGAAUCUCCAGAAAGUACCAUAUUUGAAGAGAUACUAAUUCACAAUAUGUUCCAAAUAGGAAAAGGACAUUGCUUGGUUGUAUCCCCUUUAUUUUGGACAUUGAUCGUAGCCGGUGUAGGUAUAUUCAUACUGAUAGUAGUUGGAAUACUGCACUGUUUCAACACGCAUCGAAUAAGUACUCGAUUAAGACGAGGAAUAAAAUCCGUAUUUAAAAAAACAGAUCUGAUUCGUGAAGGUGAAUUAUGGGUGGGUGGUUUAGCUUCAUUUUCACUGGUAGUUAUGGUUAGUUUUGCCUAUGUAUUUAGCAAUGGUUAUUUCAAGCAAUAUCCUAUUGAAACAACGUCUGACUCGUAUUUUGCUUGCGAUCCAGCAAUUCGUAAUGCUAAAUUUCAAACAAAUCUUGAAUCAUUGGCUAUACCACCUUCGGAAACCGAAAAGAAUAUGUUUGAGUUGUUAAACGAUCAAAACUUGACGCUUAAUGUCGAUUUUAUUAAUACACUGAUUAAUUGUGAUGUCAUAUCACUUAGAGCUCUAUUUGGCACGACUUGGUCGACGAUUCGUUGGUCCACAUGUGAAAAUGUUCAUUCGAUUCUAUCCUUAUCGAUUCCGUUGCCUUUUCAGCUCACGUCUGUAGAAAUUACUCUAGACAGUAUUCAGAUUAUUGGUGCUCUACGCAUAGGACUAAGUGGUCAUUCACAUGAAGAAGAAUUAUAUAAUUUGAAAGAGUUGCAUGCUUUUCAAUCUUUUUCAAAGAAUGGAUCUGUUCUAGCACGAACAUUGCCUGUAGCUCUAUCGCUAACAAAAGUCAUCAAUGAAACAUUACCGAUGGAAGGUGAAGAGGGCAACUUUACCGGAAUCUACAUUCUUACAUAUGGGACUAAUACAGAUAGUUUAUUUCUUUCACAAGACCAAUACGGUCGAUCAACAUCACAAGAAACAAUAAUGACGAUCGUGAUAAGUGAAACACCCUUCUAUGUCAAAAAUGUACAAGAGCCAAUAGCUAAACAAGCCGAGAUUAUAUUUCGAACCAUCUUAUUUACAAUAGUUUGUUUGGAAAUAUUUGGUCUAGUGUUCAUAUUGUACAAGCUAAUACUAGAACCGAUUUAUCGUUUGCUACGUCGAGCUUGUUUUGGUCCACGUGAGAAAUACAAAGCGAAUGACCAAGAGACGAAUGAUGAUCUAAAAUAUACGAAUGAAAAUCCAAAUGAUGCGAAUAUUGUUAAUGAACCCAUGACAUUUAAGUUCUAG